AUGGGUUACCUCAAGCUGCUGAUGAUGAAGGAUUUCAAGUCGUGGCGGGGGCAGCAGGUUAUCGGCCCCUUCAUGAAGUUCAGCUGCAUUAUCGGGCCAAAUGGAUCAGGUAAAUCUAACAUAAUGGAUGCUGUUAGUUUUGUGAUAUGUGAAAAGACAUCUAAUUUGCGAGUUAAAAGUGUUCGAGAACUUAUUCAUGGAGCACAUGUUGGAAGGCCAGUUUCUUCUACUGCUAGUGUGCAGAUGGUAUAUUGUGAAGAAGAUGGGGAAGAAAAAAUAUUUUCAAGAGUUAUCCGUGGUAAUUGUUCUGAAUUUUUUUUCAAUAAUAAGUCUAUCAGCCGAUCUGCUUACAUAUCUGAACUUGAAAAAAUAGGCAUACUUGUCAAAGCUAGGAAUUGCCUGAUUUUUCAGGGAACAGUAGAAUCGAUUGCGAUGAAGAAGCCAAGAGAGAGAACUCAACUUUUUGAACAGAUCAGUAAUUCAUGGGAAUAUGCUGAAGAAUAUGAACGGAAAAAGAAAAAAAUGCAGGAAGCAGUAGAGGAUACACAGUUUAAUUACAACAAGAAGAAAAGCAUUGCAGCAGAACGUAAGCAAGCCAAGAUAGAGAAAGAGGAGGCAGAGCAUUACCAGACACUUCUCAAGGAGCUGGAUGAAGAAAAGAUAGAGUUGCAGCUUUUCCGGCUUUAUCACAAUGAAAAAAACAUUUACUUUCUGAAAAAAAGUUUGGAUGAAAAGAACAUGGAGGCUAAUCUCAAAAAAGAGUCUCUUUCUACAGCAGAGGAUGCAUUUAGAGCCAAGAAGAAAAGGCUUGGUGUACUAAACAGAGACCAGCAGCAAAUGGAAAGAGAACUGAAGACUGUGGAGGCAUUGCUGAUUCAGCAGAGACCCCUCUAUAUAAAAGCAAAGGAAAACACUUCCUACCAAAUCAAGAAAGUGGAAAUGUCAAAAAAAUUGCUAAGGGACAAGGAGAAAUCCUGUGAUAAGGAAAAGCAGAACAUAGAAGAACUAGAGACAGAAUUAAACGAUAUUGAGAAGGCAUGGAGAGCAUUUGGGAAGAAAGCUGAAGAAAUAUUGCAGAGAGCAGCAGAUAUUGAGCUAGGAGAAAGUCAGUUGGAGCGUUACAAAGAGCUAAAGGAAAUAGCAAGAAAGAAAGUAGCUACGCUAAACCAGCAGCUAGAAAAGCUUCGUUGGGAACAAAGAGCAGACGAAGAAAGGCUGAAACUUAAUUGGAGGAAGAAAAAAGAAGUUGAGGAAAACAUAAAACAGACUGUGGAACAGGUAGAAGAGCAUAAAAAACGGAUAGAGAAACUGGAAGAAUAUGCCAAGAUAUGCAAUGAAUCAUUAGCAGAAAAAAAGCAGCAAGAGGAAGUACUAACUAAGGAAAUUGAAAAUGCAACAAUACGAAUGGCUGAAGUGAAUGAAGAAUUGAACAAAAUAGUUGGUGAACUGCAGAAUGCCAGAAUGGAUUACCAUGAAGGAAGGCGUCAGCAAAUGAGAGCAGAGAUCCUGGAAAGUCUCAAAAGACUAUAUCCAGAUUCUGUGUUUGGAAGACUGCUCGACCUGUGUCAUCCUAUUCAUAAAAAGUACCAGCUUGCUGUUACCAAGGUAUUCAGCAAAUAUAUGACUGCUAUUGUUGUUACCACUGAAAAAACAGCAAGAGAUUGCAUUCGCUUCCUAAAACAAGAACGAGCUGAACCUGAAACUUUUCUUGCUCUGGAUUACCUUGAUGUUAAACCAAUCAACGAAAGGUUAAGAGAAAUAAAAGGAGCUAAAAUGAUGGUGGAUGUUGUACAAACUCCAUUUGCUCCACUGAAAAAAGUGAUUCAGUUUGUGAGUGGGAAUGGAUUGGUCUGUGAAACAGUUAAAGAAGCAAAACAAAUAGCAUUUGAUGGACCAGUGAGGUUGAAAACAGUGGCUCUAGACGGAACUUUAUUUUUGAAGUCUGGAGUGAUUUCUGGAGGAUCAAGUGAUUUAAGAUUUAAAGCUAGAUGUUGGGAUGAUAAAGAAAUGAAUACAAUGAAAGAAAGAAGAGAUAGCUUGAUUAAUGAGCUGAAGGACUUAAUGAAGAUCAAACGUAAGGAGGCUGACUUGAAGCAGUUGUAUGCUCAAUGCCAUGGAAUGCAGACACGACUUAAGUACUCACAGACUGAAUUAGAGCUUAUUAAAAAGAAACAUCUUGCUAAUCUCUACGUGGAGAAAUCAAAACUGGAAAGUGAACUGGUAAAUACUGAGUCUCAGCAUGAUAUGCUGAAGGAAGGAGUAGCACAAAGAAAAGAAAAAAUAGAAGAAUUUCAGAAAAAAAUUAAUGAGGUUGAAGAUUCUGUUUUCCGGGAAUUCUGUGAAGAAAUUGGCAUAGAAAAUAUUCGUGUGUAUGAACAAGAACAUGUGAGACAACAAGAGGAGAUUGAUAAGAAAAGACUGGAAUUUGAAAAUCAGAAGACACGACUAAAUGUUCAGCUGGAAUAUAAUCGUGAUCAUCUACAAAAGUUAACAAACACCAUCAGCAAGUUGAGGGAGACUGUUCAUAAAGAUGAAGCUGAGAUUACCGGGCUACAGCAGGAUGAGGAAAAGCUUCUAAAAAAAGUGAAUGAAAUUAUGGAGGAGCGGCAACAAUUUAAGGAUAGAUUAAGUGCUCAUAAAUCCGAGGUUAAAAAAGCCCAAAAUGAAGUUGAAGAGUUCAGAAAGACAUUAUUAACUCUUAAUAGAGAAGCUACAAAAUUACAAAAAGAAGCUGCAACUAUAGAAACCGCUCUGGAAGAGAAAAGAUUGAGACGACAUAAUAUGCUUCUCGAAUGCAAGGUGCAGGACUUGAAAAUAAAGUUCCUAUCUGGAGUACUGGAUGACAUCAGUGAAGUUGAGCUAGGACCUGAAACAGAAGACACUCAGACUACAUCCAGUAUCUAUGAAAGGGAAGAGGCAAUUCAGAUCGACUACAGCAGCCUAGCAGAAGACCUGAAGGAACUAGACUCUGAUAAAGAUAUACAGGAUCAUCUGAACCAGAUGCAGCAGGAAAUAAAAUCUAAAGAGAGUACUUUAAUGAAGACAGCUGCUCCAAACCUGAGAGCAGUAGAGAAACUACAGAUAGCUCGGGACAAGUUCCAAGAAUCAAUAGAUGCUUUUGAGACCAGCAGGAAGGAAGCUAGAAAAUGCAAGCAAGAAUUUGAACAAGUGAAAAGAAAGAGAUAUGAGCUAUUCAACCGGUGCUUCGAGCAUGCCUCUGUAGCUAUCGACCAGAUCUACAAGAAACUUUGUAGGAACAGUAGUGCUCAGGCAUUCCUUAGUCCUGAAAAUCCUGAGGAGCCUUACCUGGAAGGCAUUGGCUUUAACUGUGUGGCUCCGGGAAAACGUUUUAUGCCAAUGGACAGUUUGUCAGGAGGUGAAAAAUCUGUGGCAGCCCUGGCUCUUGUGUUUGCUAUACACAGUUUUCGGCCAGCACCUUUCUUUAUUUUAGAUGAGAUAGAUGCUGCCCUGGAUAACACAAACAUCGAUAAAGUAUCAAGUUUCAUUAGAGAGCAGGCACAUGAGCAGUUACAAAUGAUAGUUAUUUCUCUAAAGGAAGAGUUUUAUUCCAAAGCAGACGCAUUGAUUGGAGUGUGUCCAGAGCACGAUGACAUUAUGUUCAGUCGAGUCCUGACUUUGGAUCUCACAGAGUAUCCAGACGGUGAUGACCAGGAAAGAACAGAGACGCACAAACACAGUUCAGAAUAA